AUUGAUCAGAUUGAAGCAAAGUGAAUUGUGAUCCUUGUAACUUUUACAAUUAUCCUUCAAGACAUUAUAAAAAAAGGAAUAAAAGGUACUAUCUAUCAUUGAUUCUGAUUCACUCAUAUUUGAAAUGAAGUCAUCCUUAACGUUACCAUCAUAUUCAUUACGAACUUGUUGUUGCAUCACCACUCAAUCAUCAUCUUCACGAAGACUUUCUCUCUUUCACCUUCUCACUACCACCGGUGCUAUUGCUGUUGUUCUCUGGUGUUGCUGCUGCAUUUGGUUCUUAGCUCUUCCACAAUCUCAAUCACUAUUCGCUGCUGCAAAAGGAUCAGAUUUGUUUAAAAUCUCACAGGCUAUUGCCGCAGUAGAUCCAUCUCAACCAAACCAAAACUUGUUUCAUUGGAUCCAAAAUGAUAAUCGAAGAUUUCUACAUGUUGUAUAUAGUGUUGGAGACUUGGACAAAACUAUUAAAUUCUACACUGAAUGCCUUGGCAUGAAACUUUUGAGAAAGCGCGAUUUACCGGAAGAUAAAUAUUCAAAUGCUUUUCUUGGAUAUGGUCCUGAAGAUUCCCAUUUUACAGUUGAACUUACUUAUAAUUAUGGCGUGGAUAACUAUGACGUGGGAACUGGUUUUGGUCAUUUUGGUAUUGUAACUCAAGAUGUUGCCAAGACAAUUGAUCUUGUAAAGGCGAAAGAGGGAAAGGUUACCAGGGAGCCGCAGCCUGUCAAAAGUGGCUCUAUGGUAACUGCUUCUAUUGAAGAUCCUAAUGGCUAUAGGUUUGAGCUUUUGGAGAGAAGACCUACGCGUGAACCGUUAAACCAAGUGAUGCUUCGAGUAGGUGAUCUUGAUCGUGCCAUAGACUUCUAUCAAAAAGCUGUGGGCAUGAAACUUCUCUAUAAGAUAGACAACCCUGAAGAAAAGUACACAGUAGCCAUUUUGGGCUAUGAUUCUGAAGCUAAUAGCCCUGUUCUAAAACUGACAUAUAACUACGGCGUCACUAAUUAUGACAAAGGAAAUGGUUAUACACAGAUUGCAAUAGGCACAAAUGAUGUCUAUAAGACUGCAGAAGCAAUCAAAUUAUGUGGAGGAACGAUUAUCCGCGAACCUGGACCCUUACCAGGUAUCAACACCAAGAUUGUAGUUUGCUUGGAUCCUGAUGGUUGGAAACUGGUAUUUGUUGAUAAUGUUGAUUUUCUGAAGGAGUUAGAGUGAUAAUAGCAUGGUUGUACACUUCUUCACUGAACUUAUAUGGCAGGCCAACAAUUUUGUGAGCAAAAUUUCAUGACCAUGCUGUCAAAUCAACAUCUCAGUAAAAUAUAAAUAACCCCUGUAAUCAAUAUAGAUGAGGGGGGAAAGGAAAAAAAAAAGUUAACGCAUAUUUACAGCAAUGCCAUUGUUAUCCCUAUUAAUUUUUUAAUAUGUUACUUUGGCACGGCAAUUCAACAUGUACUGGAUUCCCUCAAGCCAUAACUGUUUGUCUUCUUUACUUUCACAUUCAAAUUCUAUUAUCCUGUCUGCUGUUUUUAUUCCAAAAUAUGCUCUCUUUUCACCAA